AUGUUUGGGUGUGUUGUAGCGGUCUGGUCAGUACCCGUCAACAGUGUGGCCUUCGUUUCGUAUCUUACUUUUUAUCUCAUCGAAAUGGGCCAGCUUUUACUUUAUUGCUGGUUUUGCAGUGACAUCAAAGAUAAGAGUGAAGAAGUCUCCUCAGCAGUGUAUGCAAGCGAUUGGAUUUCUGCGGAUCCACCUAUGAAGCAUAACCUGUCUAUUUUCAUGAUGCGAGCAGCGUCUCCUGUUAAGUUGGAUGCAAUGGGGUUUGUGAAUGUCGAUUUGGACCUAUUCACAUCCGUAAUGCAAGCAUCUUACUCUUUCUUCACUGUUCUUAGUCAGAUGAAAGACACAGAAGGAGAGAAAUGAGAGCACCUUUCAACAGUUCUGUUCUAGUCGUGAAUGACACAGUAAGUUUUUUGGUAUUUUAAGUUUUACUUAAUUUCAUAAUUGGUCGACAGAGUAUAUCUCUGACACUGAA